UCCGCGGGGCGCCGAGAGCGGGCUGGCGGCGGGACGACCGCGCACCGGGGCCAUGCCGCGCUCCUUCCUUGUGGACUCGCUGGUGCUGCGCGAGGCAGGCGAGAAGAAGGCUCCGGAGGGCAGCCCGCCACCGCUCUUUCCCUACGCGGUACCGCCGCCGCACGCCCUGCACGGCCUCUCGCCUGGCGCCUGCCACGCUCGCAAGGCCGUGCUGUGCGUGUGCCCGCUCUGCGUCACCGCCUCGCAGCUGCUCGGCCCGGCUCCCGCGCUGCCUCUGCUCAAGGCGUCCUUCCCGCCUUUCGGCUCGCAAUACUGCCACGCGCCCCUGGGCCGCCAACACUCGGCCGUGUCGCCCGGGGUCGCUCACGGCCCCGCCGCCGCUGCCGCCGCCGCGCUCUACCAGACCUCCUAUCCGCUGCCCGACCCCAGGCAGUUCCACUGCAUCUCAGUGGAUAGCAGCUCGAGCCAGCUGCCCAGCAGCAAGAGGAUGCGCACGGCGUUCACGAGCACGCAGCUGCUAGAGCUGGAGCGAGAGUUCGCCUCAAACAUGUACCUGUCCCGCCUGCGCCGCAUCGAGAUCGCGACCUACCUGAAUCUGUCCGAGAAGCAGGUGAAGAUUUGGUUCCAGAACCGCCGGGUGAAGCACAAGAAGGAGGGCAAAGGCAGCAACCACCGCGGCGGCAGCGGAAGCGCGGGUGCCGGCGGGGGCGCACCGCAAGGCUGCAAGUGCGCGUCGCUCUCCUCAGCCAAGUGUUCCGAGGAUGACGACGAAUUGCCCAUGUCUCCGUCCUCUUCCGGGAAGGACGACCGGGAUCUCACGGUCACUCCCUAGGCGCACGCCUCCCCAGGUCGCCCACCCCAGGCCCUCCCCAGGCCCUUCCCAAAGCUCAAAGACUGGUCCUGAGACGCAGCACUGGUUCCCAGGCACCCACUGCCAAACGGCGGCGACGCACGGAUUUGGCAUGGCUUUGCGGAGGUCCCUGGCCCUGGGCAGCGCCAAGAGCUUGGCAGACCUGACCCUGGUACCCCUACCCCAGGGCCCACGGCCGUCCAAAGCGGACUCCAAGCUGUGAACACGCCAAAUGCGAGAGUCAUUCUCAACUACGCAGCACAGCGGCCCCGGCCCAGCGCCUUGCUGGCCGCCGGCACCUUCUCGCCCGUGCUCUCUGGACUGGCUCAGGCUUCCUCCACUCUCCUCCACCCUGGGUCAAGCUCGGCCUUCCACACC